CGCGUAAUAGUGUCGCUGACAAAGUAUGUUGAGCGAUUGCAAGGGAGAAAAUAUCUCAUAACAAUUCACAAUGAUAUAUCCCAUGCCAGGCUUAUACACGCUGAACACAAUCACGCAAAAGUUUCUGUUCUCAAAGACAAAGAAACUGUCUAUGUACAAGAAUGCUACAAGGAAUUUACAAAAGUCCUUACAUACCCCAGCAAGCCAAUGCAGUACAGAAGAAUGUAUAUCCGAACAAUCCGACGAAGUAGAUGCUCAUUCACACUUGCAAGUGAGCCCUGUGGCAUUGUUUCUAGCAGAAAAGUUAACCGGUUUCCUCCAGUAUUGCCUAAAAUGGUUUGUCUCAGCCGAUGUGUGCCAUUAUAUAGAUGACGGACACUUCACAGAGGCGUUUAUGACCUUUGCUCUUGUAGCUCUAGUACACAUAUCCUCACCUUUGAAGGGUAUAUACGGCCUUUUGGCACUGUAUCAGCUGCAUCACGAACACAGAGAACAGCCUAAGCAACGCAGACCGGUGGCCGUGAAUGUACAAACGUACGAUGAUAUAUGUUGUAUGAAGUACUAUCUAGACUUUGCCAUAUCUGCCUAUGGAUACCACACACUUGGGAAGUUAGGUGUUUUGCCCGCGAGUGAAUGUAGGGACAAUAUGGGUAAUGUGAGGGAUACACUGAGGCAGCUACCUGGGGGUGAGGGGAGAGACAUCGACGUUGUUCUCGAAGACUUGGAAGGUCAGGUAUAUAGGCCUGGGCAUUUUGUGUGUGUGGACCAUCAGCGUCAAUCAGUAGUGGUUGGUAUCCGUGGGUCUGAAACACCUGUAGAUGUGCUCACGUUCCUUAAUAUACAGACCACACGUUUCAAUAGCAUAUACGAUGAAGAUUUUGAGAAUCCGGUAGAGGGUACAACGCACAGGGGUUUCCUACUUUCCGCACAGUCGUUAGAUGCCAUGUUACAACCGGUGAUAACACAGUUACUGCUAGACCAUCCAGGAUAUAAGGCAGUCUUAACCGGGCAUAGUCUGGGAGCGGCCGUAUCGACUUUACUCACGUUGAUGUGGGCACAGAUACCUUUGUUUCGAGAAAGGCACAUACACGCCUAUACCUUUGCCACACCUCAAGUUCUGUGCGAAGAACUAGCGCAGGCGCCGUUCACUAUGAGACAUGUGUCCACUGCGAUAGUGGCAGAUGAUAUCGUACCACGUUUCAGCAAGAAAGCCUUCAAAGAGAUGCAUCACGGCGUUAUACAUCUCGGAAGGGAAACCUCGAUGGAACCAGGCGAAUGUGGUACUAAGAUAGUGAGCAUCAAGUCCUUGCCCAAGGUGGAUUCCGACUACAAACUCAGUUGCGGAGGACGUGUGUGGAUGUUUGAUUCCCAGGACUACCCAGAGCACCGUGCUGUAUGCCUAGAUGAACCACACGAGGUGUUUGAUUCCGUGCUUCUGUCCAAGACAACACUCAAUAGCCAUCCCAUCUUAUCAUACCAUGCAACGAUACACGGAUUCUGUGCGGAUCCCGCUUUGGAACCCACUCAGAUCGAUCUUGAUUAAGCAUAAGAGAAGCAGGUGCAACAUAUAUAUAUAUAUAUAUCCACCCGGAGCCUCUUAGGUUUAUGAUGUUUCAGAGUAGCAGUUACAAUUCGAUUCUCUAUCAGAGCAUACACACUCAAAUCACUACUCUCUUUCCCCGUCCCACUCUACACCCCCUCAACAGCGAAAACACGCAUAUUUUAGAUAAAGCUUCUUUUGUCUUCCCAAUCUCAAUAUAUGUCUUCAACGGCGAAAACACAAUUUAUAUACAUACAGGAGAAUAAAAAUCCCUUGUCAG